CGGUGAACUCUGUCACUCUUCAGCAUUGUACAGUUAGAGGUCUGAGUAGGCUGCCGUGGAAAAGGAACGGGAAAAGUUGUACAGUAUAAUAAUCUGCCCACUGGAGUAGCGACCGGUAUACCGGCUGCAAUUCUCAUCAUUUGAAUGUCUGGUGACACAGCGCGAGAGGUGGGCUUCGAUUGUCAAGUCGCAAAGGUGCAUUCAACAGCAGAUAUAACGUCGGGGAUGGAACAAGUCACAAUGAGCGACCGGUUCGAUUGCGACAACUGCAAGGAGUCCCUGUAUGGACGCAAGUACAUCCAGGCAGACGGGGGAGAGGGGGACAACCCCUACUGCAUCCCCUGUUACGACAGCCUGUUCGCCAACACCUGCGACGAGUGCAAGGAGCUAAUCGGCCAUGACGCCAGGGAGCUGUUCUACGAGGACCGGCAUUACCACGAGCACUGUUUCCGUUGUUUCCGCUGCGACCGCUCGCUGGCGGACGAGCCCUUCACCAGCCAGGACGAGGCCCUGCUGUGCAACGACUGCUACUGCAACGAGUUCUCGUCCAAGUGUGUGGCCUGUGACAAGACUGUCAUGCCAGGCACGAGGAAGUUGGAGUAUGGUGGCUCCACAUGGCACGAGGGCUGUUUUAUCUGCCACAGCUGUGAGCAGCCCAUUGGCUCUAAGUCCUUCAUCCCAGACAAGGAUGAACACUACUGCGUGUCCUGCUAUGAGGAUAAGUUCGCCCCGCGCUGCACCCGCUGCAAAAAGGCCCUGGCUAAAGGGGGUGUGACAUAUCGGGAUGAGCCAUGGCACAAGGAGUGCUUUGUGUGUACAGGCUGCAAGGUGCAGCUGGCAGGGCAGCACUUCACCUCGCGCGAAGACAACCCCUACUGCCUCAAGUGCUUCGGCAGCCUAUACUCUAAGAAGUGUGAGGCCUGCAGCAAGCCUAUCACAGGUUUUGGCGGCGGGAAGUACAUCUCGUUUGAGGAGCGCCAGUGGCACCAGCCCUGCUUCACCUGCACGGAGUGCUCUGUCUCUCUGGUGGGGGCAGGCUUCUUCCCCAAUGGAGACCAGAUCCUGUGUCGCGACUGCAACACCAAUAGCAAUCUAUAGACUACACACACACACACCGUAUCACCCUUCUCCUCACACACGCCCGCCUAGUUCAACCCCAGGGCCCCCUCAUCACUGCCAAGGUUGUUAACACAGACCCAUAGACUGCCUCUCAGGUCAUACACACACACACACACACACACACACACACACACACACACACACACACACACACACACACACACACACACACACACACACACACACACACACACCUUGCUCACUAGACCACAGCUCAAUCCCUCAUCCUCCCCCUGUGUUUUCUGCUGCUUACUGUCAAAUACCAGAGCUCAGCAUCAGGCUACUGAAACACAGACACAGACAGAAAUCAGCUAGACUAAAGUUGAUCUAACUUGGCAGAGGCAUAUUUUCAUGAGCAAAUAGACCUACAUUUCCUUCACCUGUAUGCAUGGGGUGACUUUUUGGUCGGAUUAUGUUUGGUUUAACAGUGGGAAAAGUGUUGUCUUUGGACAGAACUGAACCGUUCUGAACGUUAGGUGGACAAUUUUAAAAUUAUGUACCAAAGAAAUGUAAUAUCUGCCAUCAAAUAAUUAACUGGUAUGGGGGGGGCCAUGGAUCCGAAAUCACCGAAGAAUUUAAUUCCACUAUCGCUACUCCAAUGUUCUGUAUUAGAGGCUGUAGCAUUUUAAAAUGUGAGGAUAACACUGACCAACAUGCAAAUUGUCCAUCGAACAUAGUUCGAAAUCAUCCUAUUUUUAUGUAGUUGCUAUCUAGCCUGGAGAGGGGAGAUCCACUCCAAAGCUUUCCUUCUCCACAGUAAGUCGUGACUAUGUGAAAAAAGGGUUAUGUGCCUUUAAAAAAUGGCAUACUUUAUAUGGUAUGUAAUUAUCAAACCAAAGAGAGAUGCUUCCAGCUAUGCAAACUUGCUAGAUUUUUGUAUGAACGUAUCACCGCUAAUCAAUGAAAGCGGCACUUUGUAAAGCAGCUACAGAACACUGAUAUUUACUACAUUGUAAAUAUGUUAUGCAAGUAAAGUAUGUUCGAGUGAUUCAAUGCUGAUAAUUGCAGUUUUGUGCAUAUGACUGUUCUCCUAUGUCAAUUAGGUUUCAAAGCAGUAUUUGCUGUCAUGCUUUCGUUGUUACUUACCCUAUAGCCAUAUCAUGAUUAUUUGAAGAGAAUAAUAUGUUGCGGUCAUUUGUUUAUGCAGUUGUCAAACACUGCUCCAGAAAGUGAAUGUCUUUUAUAGUAUACUAAAGAAUAUGUCCAAGAGAUGGAAAAAAAAGAUAGAUAUUGAGAGAACGUGAAAAGAAAGAUGGCUUGGUGGUGCUGGAGAAAACCAAUGAAGUCAGUUAAGGCAUAAGUGAAAUGCUGUCAUGUAUUUUCACUAUGGCUAAAAUAUUCCCCUCGUUCCCAUAGUCUGUGAACAUACAAUCGCAACUCAAGCAUUUAUAUAUGGAGCAACACCUAAACCACUCUGCCUUUUUUAACAACUAUUGUUUACUUUUUUUCCAUGUUGACACUUAUCUAUGAUAUUUUUCAUUAAGCAUAUUUCCUUUUUUUGCCUUUUUGUAUUUAAUCUUUCUGUUACUAUCGCUGUUGUUUGAUAAUGAACGGGCUAGUCCCAAAGAAGCUGAGCUGCAUUUCAUCAACUAAGUGGUAUGCAUGUCUUUGUCAUUACCAGACAUGGGUUCAAAUCCUAUUUGAAAUUAUUUCAAAUACUUUAUCUGGGCUUGAUUGAGCUUGCCUGGCCCAAUGGAACCAAUGGAAUAGUGGCAAAACUGCAAAUCUCAUCCAUUUGCACUUCAGGCAGUCUAAGGCAAAUGCUACAAGUAUUUGGGAGAUUUCAAAUAGUAUUUGAACCCAAAUCUGGUCAUUACUUGUUUGCCUAAAAAUGUAUAGUGAUUAUUGCUGUUGAGAUUGUCACUUAUAGAAAAAAAAUAAAAAAAAUAUCUUUAUUUCAUUAUUUUGAGCUUUGAUGCUGGCAAGUCAGAGUUGGCAAAUGUGCUUUUCAUGUUUCUAAAAAAGAUGGAGAAACACACCUGUGUGAUGGAAGAGUUGAUUCAAAUCAGUUGAAAAUGUAUACUGUUAAAUUUGUAUGACCUGUUUUAUAAAAUGUUAUUAAAGAAAUCUUAAUUGAAACUUAGUAACUUUCAUUUAAAAAUAAAAAAGUU